AGAGGCGUUGCUAAUCUUACUAUUCUAAUGAAUAGGGCAACAAUCAGGUGAAUUGCCCUCUCCGGGUCUAAAAAUACACACUCACCAAAUUAGACUGUGGUUGAGCUGCUGUAGCUAACGCUAGCUAACUGUGGCAGCUGCCAGGCUCUGUAACAGUAGCUUCUAGUUUGGGAACAGUUACAGCAGAAAAAUGGGCGAGGCAGUCGCAAAUGUGGCCCGGAGGGUUAAUGCAACCGUGGAGGAGGAAAAGGAUACAUUGGACCUGUCAAACUGCAAGCUCAUUUCGUUCCCAGACGGUGUGUUCAGGGUCCUGAAGGGUGUCUCAGAGAACAUCCGCAUUAUCACACUGGCUGACAAUGAGAUGAAGGCCAUUUCCAGCAAAUUCUUUUCAACCUUCACGCAGCUGAGAGAACUGGACCUGCAAGGAAAUGUUCUCACCAAGCUGCCUGAUGCCGUGGGAGAAAUGGAACAUUUGACCUCCAUUAAUCUGGCUAAUAACAGCUUCUCCAUCUUCCCUGAAAAAAUUACUGAAAUAGCCACAUUGGAAAGGGUUAACCUGGAGGGAAAUAGCAUCACCGAAAUACCAGUGGAGAAGUUGUCCGACAUGCCAGCACUGAAGUGGCUGAAUGUGAGGUCAAACCCUCUGGACUCCAACACUCAGUCCGCUCUGCAAUCUCUCUCCAACAUUUUGUCAACAACAGAGUUCUAAAAUAUGUCAUAUAUCAUAUUUGACCCACCUACAGACUGCAUGCUGUGUGCCUUUAACUACUUCAGUUGAAUGCUUUAGUGUGCCUGAGACAUGAGGAAACAUAAUACUUGAAGAUAUCGAACUGAAGAUAUAACAAUGGUUUAAAGAAACAAAGAUCUCGGCGGUGUAAAUAAAGAUGGCGUUCUUAAUUGAGUUUUUUUAGCCCUGUUGGCCCCCACA